UUUUUUUAUUGGCGCGUGCUACUCGAUAUCAGGAUGCAUGGCCUUCUGCACCUGAGUGGCAUUGCCCUUGCGUAUUAUCAUUUAACUACGCCGCUUGCCCCGUCGGAAUUCUUGCUGUAUUUAAUCGGCGCAGCGCUGACGCUGGCCGGGGUGCAUGCAAUCACCACAAUAUUGGCAACCUCACUCCCCCGACCCAACUAGACUAGACGGUAGCUUUUCUGGGCUUCAUCGUAUCUGGCACACACCUAUGUAGUUAGAUAGGCGGGCUAGAGCUGGCAGUAAGGGAUUCGCAAAGUCAAACUGUUUUGCGCGUAGGAGAGCGGGCGUCUGGGAUGGCUGUAGCAUGGCAAUGCGCGAGGCUAAAUGGAAUUUUUGUUUUCUAACAAGAGGGGAGAUGCCGGUAUAAAUUAGGCUUCAUCUGAGACCUUGAACGAGAAACAUGAGCACACUUUUGUGAACUAAAGACCCCGGCAAGUGAUCAAGGUCAACGAACGAGACAUAGUACUCCUGUCGCCAACCCACAGGCUGAAUAUCGGGGACGUCUUGGCUUUGGACGAACCAGCUAGUCCGCAUCGAUGUGUUGCUCCUGAGUUAACAGGUGUGCGCAUAUGACAAGUACAUGAUAUAUAAGGGAGGGGACUACCUUACCU